AUGGCGGAGAAGGAGAAAAAGUGCGAGAUCGACUACAGCAAAUAUGUGGACGCGGCGACAAGACGCAUAGUAUACGGAUGUAUAGGCCUGGUCGUUACGGUUGCGGUUGUAGUUUUCUUGGUAUGGGCCAUACUUCACCCACACAAAAUGGAUUUUGUCCUACAAGACGUUACCAUUUACGAGUUCAACAUCUCACAGCCAAAUCUGCUAACUUCAAAUCUCCAAGUCACAGUCUCUUCUCACAACCCGAACGACAAGAUCGGAAUAUUGUACGACCGCCUAGACAUCUAUGCCUCGUACCGCAACCAGCAGGUGACUUUGGCGCAUCUAAUGCCGGAAACGUAUCAAGGACAUCUGGAGGUAACGGUGUGGUCGCCGGUUCUGACUGGUACUGCCGUGUCAGUGGAACCUUACCUGACUCCAGCACUGAACGAAGACAUAAACGCCGGGAUGGUGCUUUUAAACAUCAAGAUCGACGGUUGCGUUAAGUUUAAAGUGGGCACAUGGGUAUCUGGAUGUUAUCGGCUCCUUGUCAAUUGUCCUGCGUCAAUUCCCUUCUCCGGUCAGUUCGCAGGCACCGGUCCGGCGAUCAAGGACCAGCUUGCUCAGCAAUGUGCUGUUGACGUAUGAAAUAAAAAAACUUCAUUGUUUUGAUAACGGUUGUUGUUAAUUACAUUUUAAGCUUGAAAUAUUUUUCUUGUAUACUUGAAUGUGGGCUUCCGGUCAUUAGUUUCAAAGUUGUUUUAUUUUAUUUUUAGCUUUAUAGAUGAUUUAUUUCAAUUUAUAUUAUAAAUUUGCAAAAAAUAUUAGUUUAUUUUAUUUUUUAUGAGACGAGCAAACUAUAUCACAUAUUAUAUAAUUACUGUUAGAUUGCAUAUUUUACUGUUUUAUAUAAAACUAGUGUUCUUUCCCUAAAAAAUUCCUUAAAUUUUAUAUCAGAUGUAUGUAGCGUACUUAGUGCUACUUACGGGUAAAGAAUUCCUUAAAACAUAAGAUAUAGUGAGAUCAAUGCUUUUGGGGGAAAUGCAACUUAAAGCUAGUUUGUAAUAAGAAAUUGAGUCAUAAUUAUGAAAAAACAAAGAUAGAACUGUAAAGUUUGCAGAAUCUAUUACUUUCUCUAUUGGACGAGAUUUCUUUUUGCUGCGUAGUGCCUACAAAAAAGUUGGACAUAACUGAAUUUCUAAUAUUUCCUCAUUUGCAAAUGGUGUUCUUAUUUUCAUGUCUUUCUCUUUUGAAGAAAUAAGCUUUGUAAAGCCCUUUUAAAAAGAAUUGAAAAAAACUUUAAAAGAACAGUGUAUUUAAGUGACAUAUUCUAUCUGAAUUACGCUAAAAGAAUCAACCGAUAAAGAUUUGUGCAGAAUAAAAAAAUGAACACGAAUAUAGUAGUCACAACCCUCUAUUGAUUUUUGUUGAUGCUAAGAAAAUCUGGGGGAAAAAAAUUGAUGAAGAAUAUGAAACAUGGAAAAGAAGGAAGAGAAAAGAUUGUUCAACAAAAAAAAGGGGAAGAGAAAAGCAAGAAUAAAAAAGAUGAAGAGGAUAAUUGGUAAGUGUUGUAGCUUUAUAUUUUUUGCUGUAGAAUUUAAUCUGUAGAUUUAUUUGCUGUAACUUUCCUGGCUGUAGAUUUCUAAAGCACUCAUUGUUUACUCUGGAAAUAAAGCUCUCUACAGCCAUAUUUUGAUUUUGCAGAGUUUUUUUUGUUAUGAGUUUUUUAAGGAAAGCAAAGCUCGAUUGGUUGACAUAUAUAGCUGUAGACUAAAUUUUGGCUGUCCAGAGCAUCUACAGCCCCAACCAAUCAUCCCCGAAGCUGUUAGAUUUUGUGUCAUGAUAUGGGAGUUACGUGAAAGUGAUCGUGGGGAUUUGAGAAAUUUUAGGAAUCUAAAAACUAAAAAAUCUAAGAAAUAAAAAGUAAGUUCUUUUUUGUUAAAACCAUUUCUGUCACAAUUCUUUAAUUUUCCUAUUGGCUCCGAUUUUUACCAAUGUCAUCCGUUCUAGUUUGAUUCGUCAUGUGUGUAAGUUAGAUAAAAAUAUGUAAAAAAAACUGUUUACAGUUGUUGUGAAAGUUAAUUUUGAACGUGGGAUAAGAUCAUUUGAGAAAAUAUAGGAGAAUUUGGAACUGCAAAAAAGAAUGGACUGACUUGAAUGUUUUUUAUUUCAUUGCUUUUUAAUAAAUUCAAAAUAUUAUAUUUUCUUUCUCCAUAAUUAAUAACAAAAAUCUCUUUUUUUUAGUUUAUCUUUAACUUGUUGUGACCCAAAAUCAACAUUUAUUUUACAUAAAAAUAAAUUUGAAUAGUUAGAAGAAAAUAAAUUAUGGUAAAAUAAUAUAUUUUAUAUCUAUUACUAAAACUAAAUAUAGUAAAAGAAAUAUUGUAUACUUUAGAUAUUAUUUUAAUUAACAAAUUCACCUCAAGCAUAUCUAAACAUUCUUGUAUAUGUUAAGCCCAUGAUAUUUACUAUAUAAAAAUAUUGUCCAAAACAUUAUGGGGCUUUCACAAAUUCUAUAUUAAAUAAUUUGUCAACCAUACGUAUAGUAUAUGUUAAGCCCAUGAUAUUUUCUAUACAAUGUUUUCAACGCUAAUUGUUGUUUAAAGAAAAAAAUAUUGGUCGUUGUCUUCUUUGAAUAAAUAGUUAAAAGAUUUUGCUUCUGACCUAUCAAUUAAAACAUGACCAGCAGGUGACGUGGGUUUAUUGCAUCCCUUCCCUUCCUUUCUUCUUCAAUAGCCGUAGACUUUAAUUUUCAACAUGUUUUCGCUUCACUGUAAGCUGAGAAUUGUCCUAUACGUUGAAGUUUCUUCUUCAUCAAUCUGCCUCAAUCUUCGAUAAUCAUAUAUCUUCAUCUCAUUUUUCUUUGUUUCCAAUCUGAAACAUAGAAGAAAUGAAAAGGUGUUCCCAGCUUCUUGAACAAAAAAAAAGAAUUCAAACUGUACAAUGGAACAUAAUUAAUUGCUGAGACUUAAAAACUUUAUCACGUACUCGUUUGCUGAAUUUUUUAGCCACCAUAAGAUUGAAGGCUAGUCUUCUUGAAGAGAAAAAAGAAAGAAGAUGGAACAUUGUUGAUAUCGAAAUAAAACUUAUGAGAGAUGAAAGCUGCGGUUAGCUUCAUGGAAGAAAUUAAACUGUUUCAAACCAUUAUAUAAACAAAAUUUGUUGCAGAAAUGUAAGAUGAGGAGGUGGGAUUGUGGCUGUAACAGUUGAAGCAGUUAAAACAAUUUGUGUUUUCUUUCUUUUCGUUCAGUUAUUUUUAUUUUAAUUAUUUUGUUAAAAUUUCCACAUGUCGGUUUUUUAUUUGUUAGGCGACUUGCGCUUUAAUAUAUAAAAGAUUCGAUAAAACGAGUUUGUAGUUUUUUUAUAAGUAAACGAGUUUGUAGUUAGUUAUAUACCACAAUCAAAUAUUAUUAUUACUGUUUUAUAAUACAUUAACAGCAAAACCUAUGUUUGAACUUGUGUAGAGACUUUUGGUAUAAACAUAUUACAGUAUUACUGUUUGCUUAAGAUUAAAUUUGAUUAUAUUUUGUCUUGAAUGAUUUCAUUUUGGUAUGAAUCGUUUUUAUAAGAAAGUUAAGGGAAACACCAGAACACGAGGGUGAGUUAUAACUUAGUUCCAAAUGAUUGCAUGACGUACACAAUAACUUUAACUUCAUCGAAUCAUAUCGAAUAUUUUUCUUACAGAAAAGAGAAAAAAUCCAUCAAAAUUGUGCAUCUUGCAAGCAAGGAGCAAUGCUGAAUCUUCAAGUUAAGUUAAAAACAAAAAGAAGUUCCUCUUUUAACAAACCUUUUCCACACCAACACCCUCUUCACUCAAUAAUCUAAUCUUAUUUUCCCUUCCUAUCUUUAAACAAAAAUGCCUUUGAAGAAGAAGAUGAAGUAUACACUCAAAAUUAUAUUCAUGCCCUGUGGUUGCGGCUCCACCGUCCCUCCUUCAUCUCACAGCCACUACACCCCUGGACUACCGGUUUCUCCCACAGUGUUACGCAGCCCAUGUCCUAAGAUUGAUGAGAGCGUCGCAAUGGCUAAGGAAUCAUUGAAUCCAUUCGAAGAUUACAAGAAGUCUAUGAAUCAGAUGAUCAAGGAGAGAGAUAUUAAAUCAGAUGAUGAUCUUAAGGAGCUUCUUAGGUGUUUCUUGGACAUAAACCCUCCUCCUCAACACAAUCUCAUCGUCCGGGCUUUUGUGGACGUCUGUUCACUUCUUCAGCCACCACACGGCCGCCGUGGAAACUCACUUGGCAGAUUGCUUCGUCUUUAUGUUAAUCCUGUUGAUGAUAAUGAUGAUAACUCACACCAUACCUCUUCAUUUAAGAUGAGAAACGGAUCCCCAUGAAUGUGUGUUACAAUAUUGUGAAUAAUUUGAUUUUAUUUUAGUUCUCUUUACUAUAUACAGUAUGUUUUAUGAUUCCAUCAUGCAAGAUUAUAUGUGAACCAUUUAAGAAUAUAUAAAAAUCAAAGAUGUGAAUUA